CUGGAUGAACCUUCUGGGUAUCUGUGAUCAAUAAGACCCCUUGCCUGCCUCAGGGAGCUCAGUCAAGAGGUGUGUGUUAGCUGGGGGCGUCUGUCAGAGCUGUGACUGAUGCCACAUCUGAGCUGCACCACAGCACUCUGGCUCUAGGGCCUUUGCAAGCCAUUUCUGUGGUACAGGAAGAACACCUGGUGUCCUGGGCGAUGGCAGGGCUUCCUGGCUUCUCCUCCUGCAGCCUCCAGCAGACAGCAUCUUGCAUAGGACCCAGGGUAUAGUGGAUACUCAGUAAAUGGCAAUGUCCUCCAUUUGCCCUGUGUGUGUCCCAGCAGCCCCCUGACUGCAGCCGAGGGCAGGGUCUGAGGACGACAUCUGCCUCUGGUGCCUUUCAUCUGCUGUCUCCUAGAGCAGCUCCUUCAAGGAACCUCUGAAGUUGCAGAACCAGGCCAGUUGUUGGUUUUUCGGGUCCCUGGAGGUGUCAUCCAUCCCCCUAGGGCAGGGGACCUAAAGGAGUUUAGGGGUGGGAAGAGCCCAGGCAGAGCCCUCUGGACCUUCUGGGCUGCAGGUAGCCUCUGGGAGCACCUACUCCAUGCUGGGUGCUCUUUUCAUCCUAGGGACAGUCCCACAUGGGAGGCGUUCUUAUCUCUGUUCCCCUGACGAGGAAACCAAGGCUCAGAGGUGAAGCAAACGUUCAAGGCUACACAGCCAGUGAGUGGCAGAGUGAAGACUCAGAUCUAGGUAUCUGGUUCCAAAGCCUGUGCUCUAUCUACUAUUUCUGCUCUCCUGCCUCUCCAGAUGGAGACCUGACAUGACUGGCCCCCUUUUCUAAGAGGAAGCAGAGGAGCCAGACCCAUUGGCUCAGGUUUAUUGGAGAGAUUUUGGUCCUACACCUCUUGACUGGCAAGAAACAUGAAAGUGUGAAAGCGCAGUUAGUACUUACAAGUAACAGUCGUUAGUAGUUACAAGUUAGUACAAGUAGUUACAAGUUAGUAGUUACAAGUAAACCCAGUUCAAACUGACUUAAACACUAAGAGACUUAAUUGUUUCUGUAACUGGCUAGUUCAGAAAGAGUUUCAGCUGCAGGUGAGCUUUGAUCAGGGCUCCAGCUCCGUUUCUCUGCAGAUCUCCUGGGUCUGCUCUCCUCUGGGUGUGUCAGAUUUCUCCUCAGUCUGACCUUCCUUGUGGAAGGAAAAUGGCAUCUGCAACACCAGGUCUCACAUCUGCACACUCCACCACCCGGAGCAAGAGAAAGCAUCUGGGUCCCAGAGCAUUGCCACAUGCUCAUUGGCUUAGGCUGGACCCAUUGUCUAUCCCUGAGCCAGUCACUGAGGCAAGAUGGAUGAGAUUAUGCUGACUGGAGUCAACCCCGGCCAGGCCUUACCCCAUGGGGAGGGUUAAGUGUAGCUUUGGGGAAGCAACCCAAGGUUGCUGAGGGCAAGCACUGCACAAGGCACAGGAGACUCACCCUGGCUGAGCCUCCAGACUGAUGACUUUAGCAGGCCUGACAGGUCCAAUGAGAGCUGUCCUCAGGUGAGAGAGCCCUGUACUGAGGGUUAGAAGAGCUGCUGAAGGGCAUGAGGUGAGCCAUGGGGCAGGAAGUUGGGAGACACCAUCCUUUCCUCCUCCCCCACCUGGCCAAGCAAGGCUGUGUGGUAUAGUGGCCUCCAAAUCAGGGAGAUCUGGAUUCAAAUGCUUCGUUCUUUGUAUGAUUUGGGCAAAUGACUUCUACUCUCUGAAGCAGUUCUCUCAUCUAUAAAAUGUGAAUAGUAAUGCCUGCAUCAGGGGUCAUCGUGAGGAUUAAUUUAGGUGAUGUCGGUAAUGCUCCUAGGAUAGUGCCUGGCACCCAGUAGCUGCUCAACACAUGUUUGACAAAUACAAGUCUGGCUCCCAAUGGAGUGUCCUCCAUCGGCUAUGGCUUUGAGGAGUUCGAAGCACUCUUCUCCCUUCUGGCAUCGCUGUGUUUACUGUAUGGCCCAAAUUAGAUGCAAAAUCUCUGGAUCACCUCUGACUUUGUAAACAGAGCCAGGGAGCAGGAGGAAAUGCAAUUCCAAACGCCCUUGGCUCGCCUACUUUAGCCCUUGUUGAUGCAAACUCAAGCAGGCUCUCUCCGCGGCUUGUGGCACCUGGAAACGGGACCCAGCAUGGGUCAGGGAUGGGAGUGGAUUUGACUUGUCCUUUUGGCGUCUCCUCAGCCUGUGGAGCCCAGGCCUCCUGGAGGAUCUUUGGGGCUGACGCAGCGGAGGUUCCGGGCACGCGCAGCCACUCCCACCAGGAGGCUGCCAUGCCCCACAUUCCCGAGGACGAGGAGCCCCCUGGAGAGCCGCAGGCAGCCCAGAGCCCGGCCGGCCAAGGCCCUCCCACUGCAGGAAUAUCUUGCAGGCCACCCACCAUCAUCCUCACUGGGGAUGCCAGUUCACCGGAAGAAGAGACUGACAAAAACCUGGUCAACAGAGUUCACAGUCCCCACAGGAGGCUUUCUCACCGUCACCUGAAGGUCUCCACUGCUCCCCUGACUUCUGUGGACCCUGCGGGGCACAUCAUUGACCUGGUAAACGGCCAGCUGCCGGACAUCAGCAUCUCAGAGGAGGACAAGAAGAAAAACCUGGCGCUGCUGGAGGAAGCCAAGUCGGUGAGUGAGCGGUUCCUGACCCGCCGCGGGAGGAAGUCCAGGAGCAGCCCCGGCGACUGCCCGUCAGCUGUUUCCCCAAACCUCAGCCCCGGAACUUCUCCUGGGUCCUCUCAGAGCAACUCCCUCACCGUCCCCAAGCGGCCUGGUUUGGAUGCGUGCAGUGGCCCAGGGUCCCCUCUGCCUGGAGCACCACCACAGCAGAAGGGGGAUGAGGCCGAAGUCUCUUCACCUCCCCUUGGCGAGCCUAAUGUCCUCAAAGGGCUAGCUGACCGCAAGCAGAAUGACCAGAGGAAAGUGUCUCAGGGCAGGCUGACUCCUCGCUCUCCCACAGUUGAGAAGUCCAAAGAAAUUGCAAUAGAACAAAAGGAAAACUUUGAUCCCCUCCAUCGCCCAGAGGCCAUACCCAAGGGCCCAGCUUCUGGCACAGGCAGUGGUGGGAAAAUGGCCCUGAACAGCCCCCAGCCUGGCCCUGUUGAGAGCGAGCUAGGGAAGCCGCUUCUGAAGACAGCCAAGGAGGGCAACCCUCUGCCCAGAAGCCCAACCCAGGGCUCUGGAGGGGCAGCUCCCCAGUCCCCCCAGGGGAAAAGUACAGUCGGAGAGCCCACAGGGUCCAAGGUUGGCUCCAAAGCUGAGCUGUGGCCCCCUGUGUCCCGGCCGCCCCUGCUGCGGGAUGUCUCCUGGGACAGCAGUCCCGAAGAACCCGGCCCCCGGCUUCAGAAAGUGCUUGCCAAGGUGCCGCUGGCAGAGGAAGAGAAGCGUCUUUCAGGCAAAGCUGGCAGCCAGCUGGCCAAGGCUCCUGGACUUAAAGACUUUCAGAUACAAGUGCAGCCGGUGCGGAUGCAGAAACUGACCAAACUCCGUGAGGAGCACAUCCUGCUAAGAAAUCAGAACUUAGUGGGGCUCAAGCUUCCAGACCUUAGUGAAGCGGCUGAGCAGGAAAAAGGGCCCCCUUCUGAACUCUCCCCAGCUAUUGAGGAAGAAGAGUCAAAGAGUGGCCUGGAUGUCAUGCCCAAUAUUUCUGAUGUGCUGCUUCGCAAACUGCGGGUCCACAAGUCUCUCCCUGGAAGUGCCCCUCCACUCACUGAAAAGGAAGUUGAGAACGUGUUUGUACAACUGUCCUUGGCCUUUAGAAAUGACAGCUACACCUUAGAGUCUAGAAUUAACCAGGCGGAAAGGGAACGCAACCUGACAGAGGAGGACACAGAGAAGGAACUGGAACACUUCAAAGCUUCCAUUACGUCCUCAGCUUCACUCUGGCACCACUGUGAGCACCGGGAGACCUACCAGAAGCUGCUGGAGGACAUCGCUGUCCUGCACCGCCUGGCUGCCCGCCUCUCCAGCCGAGCCGAGAUGGUGGGGGCCGUCCGCCAGGAAAAGCGCAUGUCGAAAGCAACAGAAGUGAUGAUGCAGUAUGUGGAGAACCUGAAGAGGACGUAUGAGAAGGACCAUGCAGAGCUCAUGGAGUUUAAAAAACUUGCAAAUCAGAAUUCAAGCCGCAGCUGUGGCCCCUCUGAAGAUGGGGUCCCUCGCACAGCACGGUCCAUGUCCCUCUCGCUGGGAAAGAACAUGCCCCGCCGGAGGGUCAGUGUUGCCGUGGUGCCCAAGUUUAAUAUCCUGAACCUGCCUGGCCAGUCACCCAGCUCAUCUCCCAUCCCCUCCUUACCAGCCCUGUCAGAAUCACCCAAUGGGAAAGGCAACCCACCUGUCCCCUCAGCACUGCCUGCACUUUUGGAAAAUGGGAAGACGAACGGGGACCUGGAUUGUGAGGCCUCUGCUUCCAUCCCGACUCCAAGCUGCCUGGAGGGGUUUAGCCAGGAGACCAAGGCCAGGAUGGAGGAAGAAGCAUACAAGAAGGGAUACCAGGAGGGUCUAAAGAAGACCAAGGAGCUUCAAGACCUGAAGGAGGAAGAAGAACAGAAGACCGAGAGCCCUGAGGAAGCUGAAGAGGAAGAAGAAACUGAAGAAGAGGAAAAGGAGCAGAGAAGCAGCAAACUUGAAGAGUUGGUUCAUUUCCUACAAGUCAUGUAUCCCAAACUCUGUCGGCACUGGCAAGUCGUCUGGAUGAUGGCCGCAGCAAUGCUGGUCUUGACUGUUGUGCUGGGGCUCUACGGUUCCUAUAACUCUUGUGUGGAGCAGGCCGACGGGCCCCUUGGGAAAUCCACUUGCUCGGCAGCCCAAAGGGACUCAUGGUGGAGCUCAGGACUCCAGCAUGAGCAGCCUACAGAGCAGUAGGAAACCCGACACCCAGCCAGUGCCCUGCUCCAGCACACAGCCUGCUGCCCUCUCCCCAAGCAUGAUGUGUCAGGCCUGGGCAUGGGCACACCGCUGCGGCCGUCAGGGGACCAAGCAGGGGUUCUUUCACACUCGGCACCCCUAUGGGAGCUAUUCACACACAGUAACUGAUGUUCUUGGAGGAUCAACAAAAAGCAUCAGUGGACAAAGAAGUGGCCUUCACCAGGGAACUCCAACGGAAGGGACAGUUGCCUGCGCCAGCUCAGAUGGCUGGGGAGAAACAAAACACCUUCUUUAUAGGCUACAGUGUGAAGCCCCCUCCCCCUCCCCAUUUUCCUCUCUGCCAUUGAUCGGAAAUCAGGAAGGAUUGUGUCUAAAGGCUAACUCUGCCCCCAAGGGUCAGACCUGGAAUUUGGAGUCUCACAUGAAUAUCUUCCCAUUUCCCAUCUCAUUCUUACUGACUCUCCUUCAGCCUUCCCUUCUCCCCUUUGCAAUCAGAGUUUCUCUUUACAGAAGUCAGAAAGGUUUAUCAGAAAAACGUUUAGGCUGCUUUUUAGCUCUGUGCUUGAAAUGAAGUGGGAAGAUGUAAAUGAACAUAUAUUCCUCUGUACACAUACAUAGAGCACACACACACACAGCACACGCAUGCAUGAAGCCACCUACCCUCCAAACGUGUGCUCUGGGUAUGUGUUAGGGUUAAAGCCAACCCACAGAUUUUCACUAGGUGUGGGGCAGCCACCAGGCACCUGUUCAGUGAGCUUUCUACGUGGGCUUAAGAUGGUUGAGAAACACUGAAAACUCAUGGCUUCCAUGGCGAACUUGCUGGUCUCCAUUUCCAGGGCUAAUUCUGAGCUACUGUAGAGCACAGUCUAUCCCCUCUUUGUUCUCUCUGGUUGAGAGCAGUUAACCCGCCUCUCAGGGGGAAAGAGGAGACACGAUGCACUUUCAGCUUCGCUGUGCCCACAUGCGAGUGUGCAUCUCCACUGCAGUGUUCCAGUUUCAAUGGCAUUUCCAACCAAAGUGUAGGUCUCAGAGCAUUCCCAUUGUUUAGCAGAAAACAGAGUGCGUCCCACCUCCAGCUGGACUUCUCACUCCACCUUGACAGCUGCCACCUGCCUUCUUGCCUCAUCAUUUCUGGGGGGCGCUGGUUUCUGUGUGGGUUUUAUGGUGGUGGCUUUGCUGUUGUUUUUGUUUUGCUGUUGACAUUUGUUUUUGUUUCUGACACUCAUAUAGAACUUACUAUGAGCCAAACACUGUAUUAGGUAUUAUAUAGGGAUUCAUUCAAUGAGUCCUCAAGAAAAAGAAAAAAACUGUGACUCUUCCCAUUUUCAGAUAAGGAAACUGAAGCACAAAACAUGCAAAGUAACUUGCCAAGGAUACCCAGUUAGUAAAUCAUGGGGCUGGAAGUCAAACCCAGCCAGGCUGGCCCCAGGGGCUGUGCUCUCAACCCCUGCACUAAAUUGAUUCUUCCAAAGGCCUCCUAACUCGACAUCUUACAUUCCAGUCCCACUCCCCUGAGUGGCCCUUCAGCCACUCCAAGCCAUUUCUGGUUCCCAGACUAAAUUGUUUUCUCUCACUAGUUUUUCUUCUGCCGCUCUCCUCUUUUCUUCUGGUCACUCCUCAGGACCAAGUGCAAAAAUCAUCCCCUCCAUUACACCUUUAAUGGCCUCCCUCCAACUCCCCACCAUGCCCCACAUAAUAGGUCACACCCUUCUCUGUGCUUCCUGGCACUUUUUAAACAUUUUCAUUACUACUACUAAUGACCAUUACUAUAGUGUAUCAGAAUAACUUAUUUAUGUGUCUGCCUUUCCUAGCAUUUUUCCUCAAAGACAAGAACCAUGUCUUACCCAUUCUCUGGGUAAGUGCCUAGCAUGGUGGCCGAUGCUUGGGAGGGUAUCAUUAAAUGUUGGUCAAAAGAACAAGUGAGCAUUCAAGGGAGUGGAGAGCAGUCUGGGAACAGCUGACGUUUUGCAUACUUCCCAACACCAGCAUCAUCACCACCAGCAACUCAACGAAAAAAAUAACAUCUUUAUUAGCCUCGACUUAUUCCAGUAUUUUUCAGUCUACUCUGUGACCUGAUUAGCAACAACAUUUCCAAGCUCAAGGGCUAGGCUUGAUGCAACCACUCCUUUCGGAAAGACCCACCUAGGUUAGGCCCCACUGUAAAAGCAACCUGUUGUUCUAAGGGAGGCAUCCUUUCCAGUGGCUAGAAAACCACUGUGAGAGAAGCCCAAGCCAGGGUUGACCAAGGAUGUGCCAUUAAGGUAAAGAGGUGCAGAUCAUGGCAGACGGACUUUGGCUGCAUGGAUGGAUGGUUUGCCCUGCCUCUUCCAGGGCGACUGGAUACACUGGAGGACGUUGAGGCCCUCAAAGCCAAAGACAGGAUACAAAUGGCACUCCAGAGAGGCUGGCUGUGGGGCAGGACUCUAGGCUGGCAACAUCCAGUCUCAGCUUCCCGUGAAGAAGGACCAGGCUGAGCUGGCCCAUUGCCCACUUGGUCCCAGGGUUCCCACCUUUGCUUCCUGUUGAGACAAAGGCCAGGAGAGGAGCUGCAGUGAGCUCUUGACCCUCCAGCUGCUCCACAGAAAGGCCUGCAAGAAUGCUUCCAGACCAGGCCCUCAGCCAAACGACUCUGUGAGUAAAGGGAGGUUGAGGACGAGAAGGAACAAAAGAGUAACCACGUUUUCAAGGGCAUUCCUGAAACAGGACUCCCGGUAAUUCUUCCAAGAAAAGCAAAGAUGACCUGAGGCAAUUGGAACUGUUGCCAAAGCGGCAGUGAAAUGGACAGAAACAGGCCCUGUAUUUCCAACAGUGAUAUUGAUCUGAAAUAAAAGUUCCCUUCAAAAUGC